AGGGGGGGGGGGGGUGCGCUUGUGUGAAGGUUUUAACGCAGGAAUGAGUUCAUUUGCUGGCUUUUAGGGGUUUUUUCCUCUCCUCCAAGGUCGGAGGAUGCUCUUUGGGGGGGUUAUCCCUGCCCCUUGGCCAAACCCAUUGGGUUUGUAACCCCGAGGCCUAUAUAAAGUGAUUGGUUUGGGGGGGGGAGAGAAAAAGUUUUGGGGCCCUCCCAGCGUGCAAUUUGCCGAGGGGAUGGAUUCCGAUCCCGAUUUUCCAGCCAGCUCCGCAUCCCUCAUCCUCACAAAAAGGAAACCAACCGAACCCAGUGUUUUUUAUUAUUAUUAUCAUUAUUAUUAUUAUUAUUCCCUAUUUUUUUAUGUGUGUUUGUGUUUUCCCCUAUUUUCCCCUCUCUAUUUCCAGGAAAACCCCCACAUCCCCAUGGGUCGGGUAGGUCGGAGCCGCUUCGCUUUUGUUCCUCCUCCUCCUUCUUCUUCUCCUCCUCCUCCUCCUCCUCCUCUUCUUCCUCCGCUGCGGGCUCUGGCGCGCCGGGGGCUGUCGGUGGGGUUCGGGGGGGUGCGAAGUUCUCCCCCCUUGUGUGUGUAUGUGUGUGUGUGUCCCCCCCAUAGAGAAACGCCCCACGUGCGGCACCCGGUCUCAGCUAGAGCUGGAGAUGGACGCGGAUAAGGGCAAGCAACGCCAGUACUCGCAGAGGAUGGCGGAGCCUCGCUUCAACAACCCCUACUUCUGGCCGCCCCCCCCCACCAUGCCCAGCCAGCUGGACAACCUGGUCCUGAUCAACAAGAUCAAGGAGCAGUUGAUGGCCGAGAAGAUCCGGCCCCCGCACUUGCCCCCCACGUCGGUGGCGUCGCAGCAGCCGCUGCUGGUGCCACCAUCACCUGCCGAUGGCAGCCAGGCCAUCAUGUCCCUGCCCAAGCUGCAGCAGGUCCCCGGCCUGCACCCUCAAGCUGUGCCCCAGCCCGACGUGGCCCUGCACGCACGGCCGGCAACCAGCACCGUCACAGGGUUGGGGCUGGCAUCCCGUGCGCCUGCCGUCAGCACCUCGGAAUCCAGCACCGGGACUGGCACCACGACACCAUCGACCCCCACGUCCACCAGCCAGAGCCGCCUCAUUGCCUCCUCGCCCACCCUAAUCUCAGGAAUCACCAGCCCCCCCCUCCUCGACUCCAUCAAGACAAUCCAAGGCCACGGCUUGUUGGGAGCACCCAAAGCCGAGCGCGGCCGGAAGAAGAUCAAGGCGGAAAAUCCCUCGGGACCGCCGGUGCUGGUGGUGCCAUAUCCCAUCCUGGCCUCGGGGGAGACCGCCAAAGAGGGGAAGACGUACAGGUGUAAGGUCUGCCCCUUGACGUUCUUCACCAAGUCGGAGAUGCAGAUCCACUCCAAGUCGCACACCGAGGCCAAGCCCCACAAGUGCCCCCAUUGCUCCAAGUCCUUCGCCAACGCUUCCUACCUGGCCCAGCACCUCCGCAUCCACCUGGGCGUCAAACCCUAUCACUGCUCCUACUGCGAGAAGUCCUUCCGGCAGCUCUCCCACCUCCAGCAGCACACCCGCAUCCAUACGGGCGACAGACCCUACAAGUGCCCCCACCCUGGCUGCGAGAAGGCCUUCACACAGCUCUCCAACCUCCAGUCCCACCAGCGCCAGCACAACAAGGACAAACCCUACAAGUGCCCCAACUGCUACCGGGCGUACACGGACUCGGCCUCGCUGCAGAUCCACCUCUCGGCUCACGCCAUCAAACACGCCAAGGCCUAUUGCUGCAGCAUGUGCGGGCGCGCGUACACCUCGGAGACCUACCUGAUGAAGCACAUGUCCAAGCACACGGUGGUGGAGCACCUGGUCAGCCAGCACUCACCGCAGCGGACGGAGUCUCCCGGCAUUCCCGUACGGAUCUCCCUCAUCUAGCAGGGCUUGGAGCAACGGGUUGGAGGGGGGGGGGGAAAGAAAGGCACGGACAGGAUCAUCCAUCCCCCCCCCAGACCCAUCCCAUUGAGGAAGAAGAGGAGGAGGAGGAAGCAAACCCCCCCCAUCCGCAGCACCGCAGCCCCGGGGCCGUGUCCCCGCAGGUUUGGUGAUGCCCAAAGACGGAUUCGGAGCACUUUGAACCUCUGCGGUUUGGUUUGGGGG